AGACAGAUCUAUCCGAAAUCUACACCCGCCGACCGUCUCUCUCUCUCUCUCUCUCUCUCUCUCUCUCCCCCGACCGCGUCCACAAAGGUCAAAACCCUAACUCCCACAGACGGCGGCGACAUCGUCGGCGGCAGUCAGUCUCUGGCCCAACGCUACUAGGUUUAUUUCAGCACACUUGUGCCACCCUGAGAAGCUUUCUUCAAUUGUAAAUAUGGAAACUGAGGAUUCAAAUGACCUCCCCCCUGCUUUCGAUUCUGUCCGUGAAAGGGAGAAUGAUGACCUUCAUAACUCCAAUUGUGAGACUAAUGGUGCUGGUUCUCAACCAAGUAACUCAGAAAUUAUAGAAGACAAGCUAAAUGGAGAGGUCUCGGGGGCUUUGGAGGUUGAUGUUGGAGAUAGAGGCAGCCAACCGUUUGUGGCAGAUGACUUGGGUGGGGACUUGAUUGAGAGUUCAUCUGUCAUGGAAGUAAGUGUUGAAUUGAAUGAAACUGUUGUAGUUGCAGACGAUGUGAAGUGUUUCAGAACUGAAAUACAAACUGAGAAUGACCUGGUAACUGUUCAUGAUGGAAGUCCCAUUAACAACCGAAAGAGAGGCGGAAGUCCUAUCAGCAAUCUUGAGAUAGAUGAUAGUCCCAUAUCUGGAGUUAAGAGAGCCAGAACAACAGUUGAGGAACAGCAACCUUCAGUCCUCAUAACGUAUAACUGUUUGCGAAGACAGAGUAAACAGAAGCUUGAGGAGCUAUUACAGAAGUGGUCGGACUGGCAUGCUCAACAUUGUUCGUCUCUUGAUUCCGAUGAGGUGCUUGAAUCUGGUCAAGAGACAUACUUCCCUGCUAUUCGUGUUGGUUUGGAUAAUCCUUCUUCAGUGUCAUUCUGGAUGGACAACCAAACAAGGAACCAAACAAGCACGGAGUUUAUUGCAUUGGACAGUAAAUCUGUUCCACUUUAUGAUCGUGGAUACUCAUUGGAAGGGGGUUUGGAAAUUGGAGAUGCUUCCCGGUGCUUCAAUUGUAGUUCGUAUGGCCACUCGCUAAAGGAGUGCCCAAAACCUCGUGACACUAAGGCUGUCAAUAAUGCUCGCAAGCAACACAAUUCAAGGCGUAAUCAAAAUGCUAGUUCCCGUAACCCAACUAGAUACUAUCAAGAUUCUCCCAAGGGAAAGUAUGAUGGUUUAAGGCCAGGCGUACUUGAUGCUGAAACACGGAAACUUCUGGGUCUUGGGGAGCUUGAUCCACCUCCUUGGCUUAACAGAAUGCGAGAGAUGGGAUACCCACCUGGAUAUCUAGAUGCAGAAUUUGAGGAUCAGCCUUCAGGGAUUACAAUUUUUGCUGAUGAGGAAAUUAAGGAAGAAAAAGAAAAGGAAGAUGGUGAAAUCCUUGACACCGGCAAUCCUCCAGACCCACCAAAGAAAAUGAGUGUUGGAUUUCCGGGAAUGAACGCACCGAUUCCCGAAAAUGCUGACGAAAAACGAUGGGCUUCGGGCUCAUCAAGUACCAAUUCAUCUAGGAAUCGAUCACACCACAGAAAUAACCGUUCAUCUGAUACGAUGAGCAGAGGCCAGUAUCACGAUCAAAGGUGGGACAGGGAUUUCAGAGAUGAAGGGCCACCUGGUGUUGACCCUGUAUUUAGCUCUAGUUAUCCCCAGAGGUAUGGUGGUUAUGACUCUCCCCAGUAUUCAGGAGGUAAUAUUUCUAUACCAAGCCCUAGUUUUGGAAGGUCAUUGUCUGAAAGAGGUAGAUGGAAUCCUUCAGUCUAUGAAGGAUCUUCAAAUCCCGGUUCACAUAGUUCUGUACCGUAUUCCCCUCCAAACGCGUUGUUUUCACCCCCAAGUUAUGGUUCAGCCGGUUUUCCUAGACGGGAUGAUGACAGUCGAAAUAUUUUAGGCCCCGAUUAUUCAUCUCAUCGUAGGGAUAAGCACCACCAUCACAGUCGGAGGUAACGACAUUUCAUUCUAAAUCUUGAUUUGGGGUAUUCUUCAUAAAACUGACGUUAGAUCUACUAUACUUCUUAGGAGGAAUGAUUGUAUUAUGUGUUUUGUAAAAUGAUUCGAUAGGUGAUCUUUAGAUCAGUUGACCUGGUAAAGUUGUAUUGUACCAUGCGAUUGCUCUAACUUUAAUGCGGUUUUUGUAUUUUUUUGGACCCUUUCGGGUUAUCUUUUCGGCUUUUGUUGUUUAUGUUAAUGCCAAUUGCAAUAAUAUCCCUGAAGUUUCCUACUAUUUUUGUGAUAA